AUGCCUUCGCACUCGCAUCCUCGCGGAUAUCCUUUGGACGAACCUGACUAUGGUCGUGAUCGUGAACCUGCGCGAGGCACAAGAAGGGAAAGAGACGGCCGCGACGUGAGAGAAAGAGAACGCGAAGUAGCAAGAGAACCCAGAAGGCCCAUGGACCCUGAAACCGCUCGUCUCCCAGCCCGUGUGAUCGAAACUGAUAUCAUGGGAGGUGACCGACAACGCGUUGCGAAUACUGGUAUUGUGCGUCCACCGCCACAACAGGAGCCAAGAACCGGUAGGAACAUAAUGAAUCUACGGGAUCGUGAUGAUGAAAUGAUAUAUGACACUCGUCCCUCUCAGUAUCCUACACUCCGGGAUCAAGCAGACAGAGAACCAGCCAGGCGUACACCGUACGAUGGCGAAUUCGACGAUAUACCCGCUGCUGUUCGACCUGUCAUUGACCCCUCAGGUGGACGCUCCCGGGUUGAUUCAAGGCCAAAGUACAAUGAAUAUUUCCUCCCUGGAGAUGGCAUAGACCGGGAAGUCAUACAGUCCGAACUCUGCAGAUACCUUGGACAGGACGCCACCAUGAAACCGGGUGAACACCACGAUGGACGAAAAGGAUAUAUAAUACGGGCCUAUCGUGCUCUGACAACAGAAAUGAUUCGUUCUCUCAAGGAAGACAGCGUCAAGUAUGCUCGUGAACGAGAGACGGCUAUUCGCAGAAAUCGGCAGCCAGCCCCAUUCCAGCAAUUUCGGGAUCAAGAUCGUUAUGGUGCAGACGAUGAGAUGAUGGUUGACGCACCGGAAGAAUCUUACUCCAGGACCCGUUACGAAGAGCCAAGGAUGCGUGCACCUCCUGUUACCUCUGGCUACAUGGCCGAAGCCGGAUACCCUGCUUACUAUCCUGUCUCUACCACACAACCACCUCCUCCAGGUGUUGACCCACGGAUGGAUCCACGAUAUAUACCAGGCAACACGACCCCUCCUACUGGCAGAGCACCAGGAUAUUCUACCCAAGGAUACGCACCGAUCACGACACGGACUUCUAUUCCUGCAAUCCCUGCUGGUGGUGCUGCGUACGCCGAUCCUAGAACUGGUGUUGUGCGAGAUCCAGGUUAUGGUGCUUAUCAGUCAGAAACCAGAGGUAAUCGUCACCGGUGA